UAACAUUAAUAUGUAUUACUCGAGUUUCCCCAUAGAGAUUCAUCGCAGAUGAAUGAAACAGAUUUGGAAGAAGCAUACACGUCUCCUUCGCUUUAAUCACUUCCAAUUUAUCUGACACCGUAAGUGUAAAUGGAAAGAAUAUAGCCGCUCAGUGGAUGAAGGUGACUUCCCAGUGCAGACGAGCGCGCGUCGCUUAAGCCUCAAAUAUAACCGGUUGCGAUUUUCUAUUCAGUUUCAACAGUAGGCUAUAUUUUGCAACCUGUCUCAACGUAUUGUUAUUUUUAUUAUUUUUAAAGACUGUUGUUAUUCAAAGACGAUAUGGACACCAACUUCGCUUCGGACAAACUUUUUCCCAAUUCCAACCUGUUGGACCUUGAGGAUCUGAAUGAGAGCGAUUUCUUAUCCAAUGUGCACUUCUCAGAGCAGAUGGAGGACUUCUCCAAUGACCUUUUCAACAGCUUUUUUGAUGAUCAUCUGUUGGCAGAGAGGAACCCAUUGUUGGAUAUGGAUCUGGACCCUGCAACCCCUGACAUCCAUGCAGAUCACAGCUACUCUCUCAGCGGGGACUCUGCCCCACAGAGCCCCUCCAUGCCAAUCAAAUCAGAUGACGAUGCAGACUUGGAGGGGAUGUGGUCGUUCAGUCAGAAUCUCACAGCCAUUCUAGUGAAACAGGAGCCAAGUCUGAUGUCUGAGAACUGCCCUGAUAAAGCACCCACUCAGGUUAACACCAGCACCUGCUCACAGCCCCUUACUCUUGCACCCCCACCACAGAGGAAUCACACAGGAGAGAAGGGCUCCAAAGGCCUUUGCUCAAACUCUGUUCCUGCCAUUAAAGCAGAGCCCAUAGAGGUGAACCAGUUCCUAAGUGUUCCUGCAGAUGAGCACUUGCGGUUGCCGCCCACUCCCCCCAGUAGCCAUGGCAGUGACAGCGAUGGAUCCCAGAGCCCACAUUCGCUGCCACCAUUAAGCCCUGCACGCCUGCAGAGCCCACAUUCACUGCCUCCCUCCAGCCCUGCCCGGCUACAGGCCCGCACCUCCGCAGCAAUCUCCUCAUCCCCUCUCCUGACCGCCCCACAUAAGCUGCAGGGAACAUCAGGCCCUUUGAUGCUGACAGAGGAAGAGAAGAGAACUUUGAUCGCUGAGGGAUAUCCCGUCCCCAACAAACUACCCCUCACCAAAACUGAGGAGAAAGCCCUCAAACGAGUGCGUCGGAAAAUAAAAAAUAAGAUCUCAGCACAGGAGAGCCGCAGGAAGAAGAAGGAAUAUGUGGAGUGUUUGGAGAAAAAAGUGGAGAACUAUACUUCGGAGAACAAUGAACUGUGGAAAAAGGUGGAGACACUCGAGAAUGCCAACAGGUCUCUGCUUCAACAGUUGCAAAGACUGCAAGCUAUAGUGAGCGGGAAAGUGCCUAGAUCCUACAAAAUCGCCUCCACGCAGACUGGAACCUGCCUCAUGGUGGUGGUGCUGUGUUUUUUGUUGGUGCUGGGCUCACUGGCUCCCUGCCUGCCUGAGCUCUCCCUCUACUCUUCCUCCUUAUCUUCAUCAUCCUCACACACGGUGAAUUCUGCACCGCUGCCCUCAGGUGACCUCUACACCACCAGCCAGGUCCGCUCCCGCAGCCUGCUCUUCUAUGACGAGAGUGGCCCAGUGGAGGACGGCUACAGGGGCAUGUUGAGUGUGGAGAGGAUGGAGAGGGUGCCGCAACAUUAUGUACAGGACCUGAAAGACACCCACGAGCAGGAUAAUUCUGCUGUUGUGAGCAGGUACCUGAGCCAAGCCCAACCAGAGCCCAUAGGCUACAGCAACACAUCAGCGGCCCCUCUCCGUUCCCCGGAACCACACUACCACUCAAGAAAUCGUGAUCCUGAGGGAGGAGCAGAAUAUUUCUGACCCCUCCAUUGACCUUUGAUGACCCUGCACUACACGGUGAACCUUAUCUUUUCUCCCCAUCAUAAGAACCAACAAGUUUCAUGACCAUGGUCGAACCCAUCUGAAAUAGAUUUCAAUGAUGUUCACCCACAGAACUGUGAGAAGACAAAACAUAUUUAUCCAUCCAUCCAUUUACCCAUCAUAUAUAAAUUGGCUGCUGAAACGCCUCUUUACCAGCAAGCACUGAGUAUGAAAGACUAAGAGAGGGAAAAAGUAGGCGGUUGUGGGCGCUGCUCUGUUUUAUAUGGAUUUGAGCCUGCAGCUCUAAAUCCAACACUUCAUUAUGCCGGGUGGGGGAGGGAAAGUUCAUGAGUGUUUGUUUUGAUUUUCCUAAAAUGCCAUGAGACUGUCCAUUUAGAACAUAUCCUUACUUAAACCCCAAAGAGCUUAUUUUCUAUUAAUGACUCUCUUUUUAACAUCUUAAUGUUUUCCAGUAGGUGUAAUCACAGGUGCCUGACGUCCUUUGCGGUUUGAAGCUUUCUUUAACAGGAUUUUCUUGCUUUGCCAUCUUGGCUUUUUCCCCCUAAUAAGUUAAAGCUGGAUUGCACUUGUUUUGCACUAGGAAAACAAAUUGAUUUAAGUGCCUUCACAUUCUUUUUCAUGUUGUCAUAUUUAUGAUAAUCCUAACAGCGUAUUUUCUGUCAUACAUCUCUUUUUCUCUGCUUACUUUUAUGUUGUUGUUAUUAUUAUUAUUAAUAUUAUUACUUUUAAAAGGCAGAAGCUUUUGUACUGAAUUUAAAUUUUAUCCAUAAUAUAUUUCUAGUAUUUGCAGCAUCCAAAAAUAGCAUAUUUAUUUUAUGCACAAAAAAAGUACGAUAGUUCUUGUGGUCUUUAAAAAAAAAAAAAAGAAAGAUGAUGUAAAGUUUACAUGAUCUUGAUUUCAUAACUGUUAAACAGUUUUUUUCUUUUAUCUUUAUUUCUGUGUAAAGAAUGUCUUGUAUAUAUAGAGAAAAAUUAACAGGAACCAUCAAAUCAUGUGCAUGUUUAACCAUGUUCAAUUAUAUUUGAAUAAUUUUGUCAAAACUUGUUAUAUUUUCAAUAAAUCCACAAUAUUGGCCAUAAUAAAAAGGAGGAAAGUUUCAGAACAUAGACUGAAUGAAAACACCAACAAACAGUUAUCACAAAUUCCUUUUUCUGAUAAUGGAAUAUGCCUUUUAAAUGUUUAUUUAGACUGUCUUUAAUGUGUACCUUAGAGAACUGUUUGACCACUGUAAAAUUCACCACAUGUAUCUAGAAGUCAGUAGUGCAGUUUUUGUAAACAUAAAAAAAAGACUCAAGAAAAAAAAAAUCUUGUUAUUUCAUAUAUGUUGGUGUUUAGUAACAAUUUGAUCAUAUCAAAUCAGUUUCUUUUGAUCUAAAUAAUUUGUCUUGAUGUCCUCUGUCACUUAAGUCAAAUGUUUAUUUUCUUUAUUGUACUGCUAGAAAUGACCACUGAUAGUCAAAAUAUUUUAAUACUUGAGUCAAGUGUUUGCCUCUAAAUUAUAGUAAUUAAACUUGUGCCUGUCAUAAAGGAAUCUGUGACUGUCAGUUUAAUAAAGGUAUUCUGUGGUAUCUGUGCCAAAACACAAUGGAAAACUGGGUGUGACUGCUUAUGAAUUUGAAGAACUAGAUAGCUUCUUAUGUAUGUGAAACUGAAAUCAGUGCAGUUUAAAGAUCUUUACAUUUGUUUUAUGACAACACCUUUCAUCAUGGCCUUUGUUACUGUGAGGAUAUUGUUGAGAUUUGAUUGUGUGUUUAUUUGAAUGUUUCAAAGAUGCUAAAUGGAAAUCUUAUGUCUUCACUGCACAUACUGGGUAUACAAAUCUAGUAUCAAACCUGUAUGACAGAGUUUAUACUUCAAAUGUCAUUGUUGCCUUUUUGCCUUUUGUAAAUAUGACUGAUGUUAAAUGUUGGCUGUAAAUAUGGAGGACGUAUUUUUAUAUUUCCAAUGCAUUUUGGUAAGCACCAUGCAGCUUGGGGGCAUGUGAUAUAAUUUUUAUCUGUGUAUGGAUAUUGCUGUAAUGCUUCAGUGCUAUAUAUCAAAGCUCUGAGCUCUUCUUCUGUCUAGCUAUUUCUGUCUGUUCUUAAGUAGAAUUAGAAUGAAGCAAAAUACAAAAUUUGCA